AUGUCGGAAGCAGAUGAUCUGUAUGCGGAUUUGUAUGGCGAAGAGGCCGAGCCAUCGGUGAGUGCGCCCCCCGCGCCUAAGCCAGAGGCGGCUGCUCCGGCAGCAGCGACGCCAGCACCGUCGACAUCCGUACCUGCUGCGACGCCAGCAGCGGCGGGUGCCGUGCCCGAGACGAGCAGCGCGCCGUCGUUUAUUCCUGGGCGUCCGGCGCCUCCGCCGCUGGAUUCGGCAGAGGCACGUAGUGCGGCAGCGGCGCGGGGUGAGCACAUUGCGCCCCAGGAUCUGCCUGACGAAGGAAAAAUGUUCGUGGGCGGACUCAACUGGGACACCGACGAGGAGAGUCUGCGCCGCUACUUUGGACAGUUUGGUCCCGUGGCAUCGUGCACGGUCAUGCGCGAUGGCGCCUCGGGCCGCUCGCGUGGCUUUGCGUUCGUAACUUUCUCAGAUCCCAAGUCGGUCAAUGCCGUCAUGGUGCGUGAGCACUUCUUGGACGGCAAGAUUAUCGAUCCCAAGCGCGCCAUUCCGCGCCCCGAGCAGUCCAAGACCCAAAAGUGCUUUGUGGGUGGACUGCCCCAGACUGUUACGCAGGACUCGUUCAAGCAGCUCUUCCAGCAGUUUGGUCACGUCUUAGACAGCACAGUGAUGAUGGACAAAGACACGGGUCGCCCGCGUGGCUUUGGUUUUGUAACAUUCGAGAACGACGAUGGCGUAGAAAAUACGCUUGCUCACCAGCCCCUGCUUCUGGAUGGCAAGCAGAUCGAGGUCAAGCGCGCACAGUCGCGGGGUCAGCCACAGCCCAACGCCGCACCCAACCGCUUCUCGUCAGAUCCCGCGCGCGGUAGCAAUGCCCAGGCUCCGCUGCGCAUGUGGGGCGCCGGCGGCGGUAGUGCGAAUGGCGGCGAUAAGGCACCUGCCCAGAUGCCCGGCUUUGGCGCAGGCGGCUUUGAUCCUCAGGCGAUGGCCAAGAUGUAUCAGCAGAUGGGCUGGGGCAGCUCGGCGUGGAAUCCGCAGCUCAUGUGGCAGCAGAUGAUGGCUGCGUAUAUGAGCAGCGCCGCCACAGGUGGCAUGCCCGGUGCCCCCCCAGGCGGCCGUGCACAGGGCGCCGGCCGCUCAGGGCAGGAUGCUGGCUGGGGUAGCCGCGGCGACGAUGCUCGUGGCCGUGGCGCCGCGGGUGGCCCAGCGCAUCAGCGUGAACGCUCGCCCACGCGUGGAUCGCGUAGCUAUGAUGAACGUAGUCGAUUCUAA